AUGGAUGGGAUAUGGAGGAUUAUGGGGAGCAUGGGAGCGUCUCAGGAGGAGGUUAUUCCAAUAACAGUGUUUGUGGCUAUUCUUUGCUUAUGUCUGGUGGUUGGACACUUGCUCGAAGAAAAUCGUUGGCUCAAUGAAUCCAUUACCGCCAUUAUAAUUGGCUGUGUGAGCGGAACAAUAAUUCUGUUCACAAGCAAGUGGACAAGUUCACACAUACUGAGAUUUGAUGAAGAGCUCUUCUUCAUUUAUCUCCUGCCUCCCAUCAUAUUUAAUGCAGGAUUUCAGGCCAAGAAGAAAGCCCUCUUCCACAAUUUCUUAACAAUAAUGCUGUUUGGAGUGGUUGGAGUUUUUGUAUCAACAUUCAUUAUUACAUCUGGUAGCUGGUUCCUGUUCCCAAAGUUUAGCUUUCAUGGCCUCACUCCACGAGACUUUCUUGGUAUUGGGACAAUUUUUUCAUCAACAGACACUGUAUGCACACUGCAGGUUCUGAAUCAAGAUGAGUCUCCUUUGCUAUAUAGCCUAGUGUUUGGAGAAGGGAUUGUAAAUGAUGCCACAUCAGUUGUCCUGUUCAAUGCAGUUCAAAAGCUUCAAGUAGACAAAAUAGAUGGCUCGACAGUGCUCCAAGUUAUUGGGGACUUCCUAUACUUGUUCUCCACUAGCACUGCUUUAGGAAUUGGUAUGGGGCUCCUGACUUCAUAUGCUCUCAAGUGCUUCUACUUUGGCAGGCAUUCAACCAUUCGUGAAAUUGCUGUUAUGGUUCUUAUGGCAUAUCUUUCCUACAUGUUGUCUGAGCUGUUGGAACUCAGUGGGAUUCUUACAGUCUUCUUUACGGGAAUUUUCAUGUCACAAUAUGCUUGGUACAAUGUAACUGAUGAUUCAAGAAUCACCACAUGGCAUGUCUUUGCUAUGAUGUCCUCCAUUGCAGAAACAUUCAUAUUUUUAUAUGUGGGAAUGGAUGCCCUGGAUAUUAAGAAAUGGAAAAUGAGCAGAUUGAGCUUUUGGGACUCAGCUGGUGUAUAUGGUAGCCUCAUGUUCCUGAUAUUUCUCGGGCGUGCUGCUUUCGUGUUUCCACUCUCAGCUUUGUCAAAUUUCAUGAACCGGACAUCAGGAUCAUCUAUAAUAACAUUCAAGCACCAGGUAAUGAUUUUGUGGGCGGGGCUCAUUAGAGGGGCGGUGUCCAUCGCUUUGGCCUUCAAGCAGUUUACUCGUCACGGCAAGCCAUUAGAUCCGCCCAAUGCAACAGUUGUCAAAACAACCGGUCUUGUCGUGCUAUCCAGCACAGUGGUUUUCGGCCUAUUCACAAAACCGCUACUAAAUGCACUCUUACCGCAAGGAACGAAUAACCAGAAACAAAAUACGGCCGAGGAAGACAUGAGACUUCCCCUGCAUUCGUCCGAGGAAUCUGCAACAACCAACCAAUUGGAUGGCGGAUUGGCACACCUAAUAAAGAGGCCUGUGUAUGCCAUGCAUUCCUUAUGGCUGAGAUUCGAUGACAACUACAUGAGAUCUAUAUUUGGCGGACCACAAAGCAACGAAUCAACCGUGCAAACAUGGCAUGAAUAGCAGCUGUGGACUGAGAUAUGAUGUGACCACAAGAGCUAACAAAAGCCAACCAAUAUCUGCCAGUAUCCUACCUGGAUUCGUCGUAUGACCAGCUUCGGAUGAUUUAAUAA